AUGAUAAAACUAUUAAGUUUUGGACUAAGCAAAAUGAAUGAGUCUGUUAAUAAACAAUCAAAGAUCAUCAACAUUGGGUGUAUUAAUUAAAUUUAAAUGAAUAAUAAAAUAAAGUUAUUUCAUGUGGAUGGGAUCAAUUAAUAUUAAUAAUUGAAUAUUCAAAAUAAAAUAAAAAGUGGAUUGUAAUAUAAAAAAUUAAAGUUGAUUGUUAAGGAAUGUGAUUAUGCUUUAUUAACGAUAAUCUUUUCACAUUUUAACCUUAUAAAGGUAAUUCAUUGCUUAUCUAUGAGAUGAAUAGUUUUAAUAAACUAUUUAUUAACACUAAACAUGUUACUCUGGAUCAAGAUGAUAAUGAUGGUGUUGUAUUCUUUCCAUAAUAAUAUAUAAAAUCAAAAUAGUUACUUGUGAGUAAACGUAAUAAUAUCAAUUUGAUAAGAAAGUCAGAAAAUGGAGAAUUUAAAUUUGAGUAUUCUAUUAAAUUUGGCAAUAUAAAUUUAUUCGGGUAAAUGAAUGAUAUUGGAGACUAUUUGAUUACUUGGGAUAAUUCAUCAAAAGAGAUCUAAAUAUGGAAAUACAUAGAAAAAUGA